AUGUCAAGAAGAAACAGUGCCAUGUAUACAACUCAUCCGCUGACUGCGCAAUUUGAUAGCGCAAAGUUCAUGGUUGGCGGGGGAGUAGCCAUCUUCCAUCUCGCAACCGGGCGCGUGAUACUAUGCAGCUACGAGCAACACGGGCGCAAAGUAUAUUUCCUGCCCAAAGGACGACGGGAUGCAGGCGAAGAAAGCGGCACAGGCGCAGAGCGAGAGGGGUAUGAAGAGUCAGGGUAUCGAAACCGGCUUCUCCCACUGCCAACACGGCAUUGCCAACCCCAAGCUCAUCCACGUGUCCACGCUGCGACGCAUACCGCCGAGCCCGUUCUGUUACAGUUGAUGCCGUUGCGAGAGUAUCAGUACGUGGUUUAUUGGUACAUUGCGGAGACGCUGCCACCGUCGCUCGAGGGAGACCUCGAAACAGAACCAGGAUCGCCGUAUAAACUUCCACCGCGCUAUCCGCAGAAUCUCUCGUUGAGGGAGAGGAUUGCGAUGGAGCCACAGGGGUACGAGCCUAGACAUCACGAGGGCACGGGCGUGGAUAAUAUGGAGAGGCAGUUUAAGAGUGAGUUAUGCAGUGUAGAAGAUGCGAUAAAGAAGUUGGGCCAAGGCCACAUGAUGGGUGAGGCUAUGGCAGAUGUAGUUAGGAAAGGGUGGGAAGGAAUCCAAAAGAGGUUUGAGAUGGAAGAUGCAGCCACGCAGCAAAGUCCUGAAGCAGUUUGA